UAACUUUAUCAAAGUUUUAUAUCCCAACCAAUCACUAAGAGCCAUUCAUCAUGGCAUCUCUCCACCAAGUCCUUCCGGCCGCCGCCCCCUCCUCCUCCUCCCUCCGCUCCUCCUCCACCACCGCCACCCGCCCCAUUGUUUUUGCUAAGCCAUCGCAUUUCCUCACCCAUGCAAAGCGCAACCACCACCGCCGCCUCAUCUCAUGCUCCUCCUCCUCCUCCAACGAAGGGUCGAAGGUCGACAGGAGGAACAUGCUCCUCGGUUUGGGAGGCAUGUACGGCGCCGCCAACCUCCUGUCCACCCCCGACUCCGCAUCCGCGAACCCCAUUCAGGCGCCUCAGAUCGACAAGUGCGGGAACUCCACUUACGACACGAGCGCCGGUGUGGCGACGCAGAUCAACUGCUGCCCGCCGUUCCAAGGCUCCAUCAUCGACUACAAGCUCCCCAACUUCCCGAAGCCGAAAGUGAGGCCGUCCGCCCACCGGCUCUCACCCGAAUACCUAUUCAAGUUCAACACCGCGGUCGACCGCAUGAGGCGUCUCGACAAGGACGAUCCACGUAGCUUCAUGCAGCAAGCCAACAUUCACUGCGCCUACUGCAACGGUGGUUACGAUCAACCGGGGCAAGGCACACUCGAUCUACAAGUCCACAACGGGUGGCUUUUCUUCCCGUUCCACAGGUGGUACCUAUACUUUUACGAGAGAUCCUCGGCAAACUCAUCGGUGACACCACAUUCGCACUCCCGUUCUGAA